AUGGAGAAGAGCAAUCUCACAGUGACAGAGUUCAUCCUGGUGGGCUUCACCCCAGACCCCAUAAUGCAGCUGGUCCUGUUUGUGGUGUUCCUUGGCGUGUACUUUUUGACUGUGGUAGGGAAUACCACCCUCAUCGUGUUGAUCUGUAAUGACUCCCGGCUGCACACACCCAUGUAUUUUUUUAUUGGGAAUCUGUCUUUUCUGGAUCUCUGGUAUUCCUCUGUCUACAUCCCAAAGAUCCUAAUGACCUGCAUCUCUGGAGACAAAACCAUCUCCUUUGCUGGCUGUGCAGCUCAGUUCUUCUUUUCUGCUGGGCUAGCCUACAGUGAGUGUUACGUGUUGGCUGCCAUGGCUUAUGACCGCUAUGUGGCCAUUUCCAACCCCCUUCUUUAUGCCCAGGUCAUGUCAAGGAGAUUGUGCAUCUGUUUGGUUAUAUAUUCCUAUACUGGAGGUUUUGUCAAUGCAAUAAUACUGACCAGCAACACAUUCACAAUGAACUUUUGUGGUGACAAUAUCAUUGAUGACUUUUUCUGUGAUGUCCCACCACUGGUGAAGUUGUCAUGUGAUGUGAAAGAGAGCUACCAGGCUGUGUUAUACUUCCUCCUGGCCUCCAACGUCAUUCUCCCCACCGCGCUCAUUCUGGCUUCUUACCUCUUCAUCAUGGCUGCCAUCUUGAGGAUCCGCUCUACCCAGGGCCGCCUCAAAGCCUUCUCCACAUGCUCCUCCCACCUGAUCUCUGUCACCUUGUACUAUGGUUCCAUUCUCUAUAUCUACUCUCGCCCAAGUUCCAGCUAUACCCUUGAGAGGGACAAAAUGGUUUCUACAUUUUAUACUGUGGUGUUCCCCAUGUUGAAUCCCAUGAUCUACAGUCUGAGGAAUAAACAUGUGAAAGAAGCUCUGAAAAAAUUAUUCAGGUUAACACAAUUUGAAUUCUAA